AAAAACUAAAGGCCUAAAAUUAAUCUCCUAAAUAUUCACAUAUUCUUUCCUUCAUCAGCUGUCCAACUGUACCCAAAAAAGCCAAACAAAACUUGUCUGCCCUUCCAAUUCUCCUUUCAUGGCACCAAUAAUAACCAGAAAUUAACACUAUUCUCCAUAAAGGGUUUCCAAAAAUACAAAAAAAAAUUGCUGUUGAAGAAGAAUCAAGAAAAGUGAUUAAUUAUUAUUAUUAUUAUUAUUUUAAAUGUCGCUAAGAAUAAAAGCAGUAGUAGAUAAAUUUGUACAAGAAUUGAAAGAAGCAUUAGAUGCAGAUAUACAAGAUAGGAUUAUGAAAGAAAGGGAGAUGCAGAGUUACAUUGAAGAACGUGAACGUGAGGUUGCUGAACGUGAAGCUGCUUGGAAAGCUGAGCUCUCUCGUCGUGAGGCAGAAAUUGCUCGGCAAGAAGCCAGGUUAAAGAUGGAGAGGGAAAACCUCGAGAAAGAGAAAAGUGUGCUAAUGGGAACUGCAUCGAAUCAAGAUAAUCAAGAUGGAGCUCUUGAAAUAACAGUUAGUGGGGAGAAGUAUCGUUGUCUGAGAUUCGCAAAAGCAAAGAAAUAAAAACACUAAAAGUAGGAGCAAAUAUCAGUGUCCUUGUGUUUGUUUAUACAGCUAGUUUGCUGGAUGGAUGCUCAUAUAAAAUUUUAUUAAGAUUUGAACUUUUGCAGCC